AUGAGUGUGGUGGGAUUUGAUAUUGGGAACGAGAAUUGUGUGAUUGGGGUGGCAAAACAACGUAGGAUUGAUGUUUUAUUGAAUGAUGAAUCGAACCGUGAGACACCAGCUGUGGUAUCGUUUUGUGAGAAGCAGAGAUUUAUGGGUUCAGAGGGAGCUGCUUCUCUAAUUAUGAAUCCUAAAUCAACAGUUUCUGAGGUUAAGAGAUUGAUUGGGAGGAAGUUCAAAGAACUUGAGGUUCAAAAUGAUCUUAGAUUGUUUCCUUUUGAGAUUGUAGAGGGUCACGAUGGUGGUGCUUUGAUUAAGUUGCAGUAUUUGGGUGAGAUUCAUGAGUUCAGUCCAGUUCAGAUUUUGGGGAUGUUGUUUUCUCAUUUGAAACAAAUAGCUGAGAAGAGUCAUGAGAGUCCCAUUUCUGAUUGUGUUAUUGGUAUUCCAUCAUACUUCACGGAUUUGCAAAGACGUGCUUAUUUGGAUGCAGCUGCAAUUGCUGGACUGCAACCUUUGCAGUUGAUGCAUGACUGUACUGCAACUGCACUUGGGUAUGGCAUUUACAAAGAUGAUUUCUCCAAUGAAGGCCCAACUUAUGUUGUAUUUGUUGAUAUCGGUCAUUGUGACACACAGGUCUGUCUGGCAUCUUUUGAGAGUGGACAAAUGAAGAUAUUAUCACAUGCAUUUGACAGGAACCUGGGAGGGACAGACUUUGAUGAGAUUCUUUUCAGUUAUUUUGCAGCACAGUUUAAGGAGCAAUAUUUCAUUGAUGUUUCUACUAAUAUCAAGGCAUCCAUUAGGUUAAGGGCUUCAUGUGAAAAGUUGAAGAAGGUCCUGAGUGCAAAUGCAGAGGCACCACUUAAUAUAGAGUGCUUGAUGGAUGAAAAAGAUGUUAGGGGUUUUAUUAAGAGGGAAGAGUUUGAGAAGCUGUCAUCAGGUUUGGUGGAAAGGAUUAGUGUUCCCUGUCACAAGGUCCUGGCUGACUCUGGUCUGACUUUGGAAAAGAUUCAUUCAGUCGAGCUUGUUGGUUCUGGGUCUAGGAUACCGGCAAUUGCUAGAAUGUUGGCUUCUCUAUUUAAGAGAGAGCCGGGCCGGAAAAUAAAUGCAAGCGAGUGUGUGGCUCGUGGUUGCGCUCUUCAGUGUGCAAUGCUUAGCCCAACAUUUCGAGUUAGAGAAUAUCAGGUUCAAGAUUCAUUUCCUUUCUCCAUUGGAUUCUCAUCAGAUAAAGUUCCGAUUCGCACACUGUCAAAUAGCGUGCUUUUCCCGACAGGCCAGGCUUUCCCAAGUGUUAAGAUACUUACUCUUCACAGAAAUAAUAUGUUUCUGAUGGAAGCCUUCUAUGCUGAUCCAAAUGAACUGCCUUUUGGCAUAGCAUGUCAAAUCAGCAGUUUUAUGAUUGGGCCUUUUCCAAUUUAUCAAUCAGAAAUGGUGAAAGUUAAGGUUAGAGUUCAGUUAAACCUCCAUGGAAUAGUAAACCUAGAGGCAUUCAUGCUAAUUGAGGAUGGUGCUGAAGAUACGAAUGUUACUUCAGAAAAUAUGGCGGCCAAAUCUGACCAUUCACCUUCUGUCCUACCAAAUGGUGCUGAAGUUACUGAUGUUGCACAUCCAGCACCUUCAUCCAUACCAGCGGAUGUUAGGAAAGGAAAAAGUUUCAAAAGGCUUGAAAUUCCAGUUAGCGAGGAAGUCUAUGGAGGAAUGACAAAGACUGAGAUAUUAGAGGCUGAGAAGAAAGAGCUUCAGUUGGCACAACAGGACUUGAAGAUGGAGCGCAUAAAAGACAAGAAAAAUGCUUUGGAGUCUUAUGUCUACGAGAUGCGAGAUAAGAUUUGCAGUAAGUACCACAGCUUUGCAACCGAAACAGAGAGGGAUGAGAUCUCUAUAACUCUCCAAAAGACAGAGGAGUGGCUUUAUGAAGAUGGAGCAGAUGAAUCAGAAAAUAUUUAUAACCAAAAGUUAGAGGAUCUUAGAAAGCUUGUUGAUCCUGUUGAAAAUCGAUAUAAAGGAGAGGAGGCCAGAGAAAAAGCAAGAAAAGAUCUCCUAAGUCGUAUUGCAGAUUAUCGGAUGAAUGCUGGGUCACUUGCAGCUGGUGAGAGGGACGUGGUUAUAGAUGAAUGCAAUAAGGCUGAAAGAUGGCUGCAAGAUAAAAUUCAACAGCAGGACUCAUUACCAACAAAUGUUGAACCAGUGCUGUGGUCAAGCGAAAUCAAGAGAAAAGCUGAGGGUUUUGAUGCGUACUGUUCUCAUAUCCUUUGA